AUGGCAAUGGAUGACGAGGUUGAACUCGAGAACGCUAAUCCUGCGGCUGAAGAGGAAGAGGGUGACGAUGAGGAAGGCGAACAGGAUGACGCCGGUGAUGAUGAAGACGACGACGGUCUCGCCGGGGCCCAGCCACCAGUCGAAGAUGGAGAUGGAGAUACUACUGCUCAACCAGAUGAUGUCGCGAGCAAACCCAAACGAAAACCGAAAGCGGCCGGAUCAAACCAGUUGAAUCGGCAGUAUGGAGGAAAGGCUUUGUUACCGAUUACUCGAGUGCAAAAGAUCGUCAAAGCGGACAAGUGGAAUACUGCGACUAUAGGGCGGGAAUCUACUUGGCUCAUCGCUCGUGCAACGGAGGACUUCAUCCAAAGGUGGACGAAGGGUGCCUAUAAUCAUGCUCUACUGGACAAGCACAGUACCAUCUCCGUGGGCGACAUGGCCAAAGUCAUCAGAAGGGACGAUGAGUACACGUUCCUCGACGAGAUCAUCAUGCCCAUGGUCAAGCAGCCGCCACCUCGUAAGGCUCCGGGAGGCGGAAAGGGGAAGAAAGCAGAGGCUCGGGCUGCCCCACAAGGUCAAUCGAUGUUGGACGGCUUCGUUGCCGGGAAAGCGGAUGAAGGGCCUGACGAAGAGGAGGACGGGGAUAUAGUCAUGGACGAAAACGGCGCGAUGACGUUCGUACCGCGGCCGAGCGCCUAA